CGCAGUGCGCGCGGGGCGGGGAAUGGCUGGUCUCCGCGCGUAGCGUGAUCGCGGGUCUCGUCCCGGGCCCGGUUCCCUGCGGUCCCGCGUCCCUGCAGUCGCCGCCGCGGGGCGCCCCGGGAUAGCGGCGGGGUCGCCGAUCGUGGCCCCUGUCCACUCCUGAUGCCUCAUUUGCCUCUGGCCUCCCUUAGACCAUCACUUUGGUGUCUCAGGGCCUCGCGGGGCCUCCGCAGGCUCUGUCCCCUUUCUACACAGUCUCAGCCCCAUCAUGGCUCUCCCAUCUCCCGGAGGAACAGAGAGGCCAAACAGAAGCGCCUGCGAGAGAAGCAGGCGGCGCUGGAGGCCGGGAUAGCCUGGGAGAGCAAGACACCUGCUGAAUCCAGUAAGGCCUGGAGCCCUAAGGAGGUGGUGCUGUAUGAAGUCCCUACAGAACCUGGGACAAAGAAAGAUGUCUCGGGCCCCCUGCCGCCAGCAUACAGCCCUCAGUAUGUUGAGGCUGCCUGGUACUUGUGGUGGGAGCGAGAGGGCUUUUUCAAGCCAGAAUAUCAGGCCCUGCUGCCCCAGUCCACAGGGGAGACGUUUUCCAUGUGUAUCCCACCUCCCAACGUCACGGGUUCCCUGCACAUCGGCCAUGCACUCACAGUGGCCAUCCAGGAUGCCCUCGUGCGCUGGCACCGCAUGCGAGGGGAUCGGGUGCUGUGGGUCCCUGGCUGCGACCACGCAGGAAUUGCUACCCAGACUGUAGUGGAGAAGCAGCUGUGGAGGGAGCAGGGUGUGAGGAGGCAUGAGCUAAGCCGCGAGGACUUCCUCAGGGCCGUGUGGCAGUGGAAGGAGGCGAAAGGGGGUGAGAUCUGUGAGCAGCUGCGUGCCCUGGGCGCCUCCCUGGCCUGGGACCGAGAGUGUUUCACUAUGGACAUGGGCUUCUCACUGGCCGUGACUGAGGCUUUCGUGCGGCUCCACAAGGCAGGCUUGUUGUACCGAAGCCGUCAGCUUGUCAACUGGUCAUGCGCCCUAAGAUCAGCCAUCUCUGACAUAGAGGUGGAGAGCAGGGCUCUGCCUGGCCGCACGGAACUGCAGCUGCCCGGCUGCCCCAUCCCGGUGUCCUUCGGCCUUCUCUUUUCUGUCGCCUUCCGUGUGGACGGAGAGCCUGAUGUGGAGGUUGUGGUGGGCACCACGAGGCCUGAGACGCUGCCUGGAGAUGUGGCUGUGGCCGUUCAUCCUGACGACUCCCGAUACACACAUCUGCAUGGGCGACAGCUUCGUCACCCAUUGACAGGGCAGCUUCUCCCUGUCAUCACCGACCCUGCAGUGCAACCACAAAUGGGCACUGGGGCCGUGAAGGUGACACCAGCUCACAGUCCUGCCGACGCUGAGAUGGGCACCCGGCAUGGCCUGUGUCCGCAGAGUGCCAUUGCGGAGGAUGGCACCAUGACACCCCUUUGUGGGGACUGGCUACAGGGCCUCCACCGGUUUGUGGCCCGGGAGAAGAUUGUGUCUGCAUUACGGGAGCGGGGCCUGUUCCGGGGUCUUCAGAGCCACCCUAUGGUGCUACCUGUCUGCAGCCGGUCGGGGGAUGUGGUGGAAUACCUGCUGAAGAGCCAGUGGUUCGUCCGCUGCCGGGAGAUGGGGGACCAAGCUGCCAAGGCUGUGGAGUCUGGGGCCCUGGAGUUCAAUCCCACCUUCCACCAGAAGAACUGGCAGCACUGGUUUGCCCACAUUGGGGACUGGUGCAUCUCCCGGCAGCUGUGGUGGGGCCAUCAGAUUCCAGCUUAUCAGGUCGUGGAGGCCAAGGGCGACAGACAGGACUGCUGGGUGGUUGGGCGAACGGAGGCUGAGGCCAGAGAGCUAGCAGCUGCCCUAACGGGGAGACCUGGAGCAGAGCUGACCCUGGAGAGGGACCCCGACGUCCUGGACACGUGGUUCUCGUCGGCUCUCUUCCCCUUUGCUGCUCUGGGCUGGCCCCAGGAGACCCCAGACCUGGCUCGUUUCUACCCGCUGUCGCUUAUGGAAACAGGCAGUGACCUCCUGCUGUUCUGGGUGGGCCGCAUGGUCAUGCUGGGGACCCAGCUCACGGGGCAGCUCCCCUUUCGCAAGGUGCUUCUGCACUCCAUGGUCCGAGACGGGCAGGGCCGGAAGAUGAGCAAGUCCUUGGGGAAUGUGCUGGACCCACGGGACAUCAUCAAAGGGGUGGAGCUGCAGGUGCUACAGGAGAAGCUGAGAGAUGGGAACCUGGAUCCUGCUGAGCUGGCCAUUGCAGCCGCCACGCAGAAAAAGGACUUCCCCCACGGGAUCCCUGAGUGUGGCACCGAUGCCCUGCGCUUCACACUGUGCUCCCAUGGAGCCCUGGGGGGCGACUUGCACCUGUCGGUCUCAGAGGUCCUGAGCUGCCGUCAUUUCUGCAACAAGAUCUGGAAUGCCCUGCGCUUCAUCCUCAACGUCCUGGGGGAGGAAUUCACACCAGAACCUGCAGAGGAGCUGUGCCCUGCCUCCCCAAUGGAUGCCUGGAUCCUGAGCCGUCUGGCCCGCACCGCCCAGGAGUGUGAGCGCAGCUUCCUCACACGGGAGCUCUCGCUCGCCACCCAUGCCCUGCACCACUUCUGGCUGCAUAACCUUUGCGACGUCUACCUCGAGGCUGUGAAGCCCCAGCUGUUGCGCUCGCCCCGCCCGCAGGAACCCCCUCAGGUCCUGUUCUCCUGCGCGGACAUCGGGCUCCGCCUCCUUGCCCCGUUCAUGCCCUUCCUAGCCGAAGAGCUUUGGCAGAGGCUGCCCCCCAGGCCCGGUGGCCCCCUUGUGCCCAGCAUCUGUGUUGCCCCCUACCCCAGUGCCCGCAGCCUGGAGCACUGGCACCAGCCCGAGCUAGAGCAACGCUUCUCCCGCAUCCAGGAGGCCGUGCAGGCGCUGAGGGCCCUCCGCGCCACGUACCAGCUCACCAAAGCCCGGCCCCGUGUGCUGUUGCAGAGUUCUGAGCCCCUAGAGCAAGAUGUCUUCCAGGCUUUCCUGGAACCCCUGGGCACCCUGGCUCACUGUGGGGCUGUAAGCCUCUUACCCCGGGGUACGGUGACUCCCUCCGGUUGGGCCCAGGCCUCACUCAGUGACACCGCUGAGGUCUACAUGGAGCUGCAGGGCUUAGUGGAGCCCGAGACCCACUUGCCCCGGCUAGCUGCCCGAAGGCAAAAGCUGCAGAAACAGCUGGACAGCCUCAAGGGUCGGAGUCCUGCUGAUGGGGUGGCAGAGACCCAGCGGCAGCAAAGGCUUUCUGCCCUCCAGCUGGAGCUGUCAAAGCUGGACCAGGCGGCCUCUCACCUCCAGCAGCUGAUGGCCAAGUCCCCCAGCUCUGGGAACUCGGAGCCCUAACACACCACCCUCCCACACCUGUCUUUGGGGGACAGAUGGAUUUAGCUAC